UGUUUUGUCGGAAAGCGGGAAGCAAUCCGAACAGAGUCCAGUCCGGAGCAGCUGGAGGAUCUUCACCGCCUCUCACUCGAGCAUCAAGCGCAGACUGCGAGGUUUUCCAGUCCCAUGAGCGAGGUUGGCAAUUUAAGUAUUACAGUGAGGCCAGAUACCUCAUUUUUAGCCCGGAUUUUCAAAUUAACGCUGGACAGCUAGAUCAGUAAACCCAACAGCUACAGCAAAGCGAGAUCUGUUGUAUUCAGGAGAUGGCCUUUCAUUCGCAAAUGUUUGCAGAUGACAUACCACUGCCUCGUGGAAAUGCAGCCAAUUGGGCUUCCAUCAUUGUUAUGCUUGCAUCUUUUACCUAUAUGUUUUUUUCCACUGAAGUAAAGAUUAUUGCACAGCAAAUUGUAUUUCAGCUUUUCAUAUCAUUUUUAGCUGGAAGUAUGGUAAGGCUUUGUGAGUUUCUGGAGGAAUGCAGGCACAUCCCUUCAAGAUAUAAAAAUGGCUGGAUGGCUUUGAAUGCAUCGUUUAAUCUAAAGGGAUAUGGCUGUGGAAUAGUAAUGUUUAUACUAUUCUACUGCAUAAUUCAUGAGGACAAGAUUGGUGGCGUUGAUUUUCCAAGUUCCUUGGCAUGGAAAAUAAAUCUUUGCUGUUUCUGCUAUGCAUUUCUCAAGGUUUUCGGAUUUCUAAAUCCCACUCCAGCUGAAAUUUCAGAUAUCUGUGAGAAGAAUAAAUUUAAUGUUGCUCAUGGAUUGGCUUGGUCCUAUUACAUUGGUUACCUGAAGUUCAUUUUACCAAAUCUGGAAGAAAGAAUAAAGAAAUACCAAUGCUCUGUUAAAAAUGUACCAGAUUGCAAAGAAAACUGGAAAUUAUAUAUCCUAAUCCCAUUCAGCUGUAAGAUUCAUGACAAGCUGGAAAAGGUGGACAGUAGGAUUGAAUUCUUUGGAAACCUACCAGAGAUCUGUAUUGACAAAGCUGGGAUUAAAGCAAGAAGUUACAAGAACAGUAUUUAUGCCAUUUAUGAUCAAGAGGACAGGCCUCAUCGCUGUAUCCUUGAAUAUGCCACACCACUGCGGUCCUUGUUUGAAAUGUCCAAUGAUGCUUCUGCAGCUUUUAGCAAAGAACAGUGUCUAGAGCAGGCCAAGUUGUUCUACGUUGCCUUAGAGAAUAUUCUGAACAACUCUCAAGAGUGUGCAGGUUACUUCAGAUUAAUUCCAUAUAAUGAUGAUUUAGAGGAAGGAAGCAUGGAUUCACACUUUUUGUCUACAAAGAUUCUUAAACAUCUGGUACAAGAGAGAAUGGAAUAUACUGUACCAGAGCAAACCACUUGGAAUGAAAUUUUAAGUGAGGACCAAUUAAUGAUCAGCAAAAGUGAUGGUCCACAGCCUUUACAAAGUAUGAAUCAUUAAAUGUUGUAUCUUUACAUUAUAUGUUUUUUGUAAUUCUCAUACUUUGUUUCAAGAUAACAUUGCAGUACACUGGUGGUAUAAUUUUAGAUGACUUUGUUCAAAUUAAAAAUUGUCCAUAUCCUUUUUGAGACUGAAAUGGAAUAUCAAAUUCAAAAUGACCUGUAUCAACCAAGUUUCUGUAUUGUUCCAGGGAAUGCUUAUCCCACCUGAUAUAUAGGAAGUACUUUCUAAAAUAAGAAAGAUUUAAUAGUUUUUUAAAAAAUAAUGAUGGCACCACACAUAGGAUGACAAAUGUCUGGCAGUAGUGACUUUUUAUGAUAAUAAUAAAAUCCACGCAUUAAGUUUUAAUAAUGUAUUCAAGCCAGUAUAACUUCACAGUUAAACUUAUUGCCUUACUAACUACUAGCUAAUUAUUUCUAAUAUUUAGCAUGUAGUUUGUUUUGUUUUGCUUUUUAUCUAGUUUAAAUAUGUUCCAAAACUAGGGUCAUAAAUAUAUGAUAGUCGCUAAUAAACCUAAUAAGGAAUUCAGAUAACUUCUUUAUCCAAUAAUUGUUUAGAAUAUAGAAGUUUGCUAUCACAUGCAGUAGUUGAGGCAAUAGUAGAUGCAUUUAAUGGAAAGCUACGUUGUUAUUAUUUGAUCAUGAGAUGUGGGCGUUGCUGGCUAGGCCAGCAUUUAUUGUUCAUCCCUAAUUGCCCUUGUUCAGAGGGCAUUUAAGAAUCACCCACAUUCCUGUGGAACUACAGUCACAUGUAGGCCAGGCCAGGUAAGGACGGCAGAUUUAAUUCUUUAAAGGACAUUAGUGAACAUGAUGGGUUAUAACAACAAUCGGCAAUUAUUUUGUGGUUAUCAUCAGACUUUUAAUCCAAAUUUUUGUAAAUUCAAAUCUCACCAUCUGCUGGGGUGGGAUUCGAACCCGGGUCUUCAGAAUAUUACCCUGAAAUACUAGUCCAGUGACAAUACCCAUAUGCCACUGCCUCCCCUAAAGAAAGUAAUUGUGUGACUUAGCGAGGAAUAGAAAGUAGGCUGAAUAAGUGAGCAUUCCCCAUCUCUGGAGACAUAUUAUUGGGCAAGAUGAGAUCGGGUCACAUCCCUGACGUCAUCACGCCAGGUUUGUAUAAAACAGCAGGCAGGCUUAAAAAUUGGGAGCCUGCCCAUGUUAUUUAAAUUUCAUUUAAGUGAGCAUUUAAGGUUGUUAACGACCCAAAUGACUGCUCUAAUACAGUGUGUCAGUAAUAAUAUGCCUGCAGAGUCUGAUUAACGCCGUGUGGGGUUCCCUUUUUUUUAUGACGAAGCUUGUUAGGGUGGGUUUAAAAGUUCAGCUGAGCCUUGAGUCUCAUCUUAGCAGUUCGGAGAUCUGAAACUGCUGGGAGCACUUCUUCAAGAGGCAGAGUUUCCGUUUCAAACCUUAUUAAUUAGAGGUCUUUUUUCCGCCUACUGAAUGCUCUGCUGAGUGCUCUAUUUAGUUUUUUGUCCAUCAUCCAGGGCUAUAAACUAGCUGAGAGAAAUAAACAUUGUGGUUGUGGUGGGAGACACAACCCACAGUGAGGAGAGGAGGAAGAGAGUGAGGAGAAGAAGGGCAGAGUGGGUGGUCCAGGAGCUACUGGUGGCACAUGAAGGGGCGAGAGCUGUGCCAGACCCUAAGGGUCAUGAAGGCUUCUUAUGUUCUCAGGUGCAGGAGGUCUUAUGCAGCCCCUCGAGUAUACAGGCAGAGACUGAGCUAUCUGCAGAUGUCAGUGACUGAAUGCAAGAGAAGGCUCAGGCUAUAGA